AGCUUAUGUGUUUUCGGCAUUAGGUCUUAAAAUGUUGAACUGUAUUUUUGAUUUGAAGAGCUCUUUAAGCACUGAACUUGAAUCAAAACAAAAGUCGCGAUAAAAAAGUUACAAUUAACGUGGAAAACCAAAACGUGCCAUCAUAUUUUCCGCAGUUUAUACUAAUUGUUUUAUUCCACAUUAUAAAAGAUCUUUAAAAUGAGUAAUAUACAAAUACAUAAAAAUAAUUCCAAUUAUACGAUAUACGCAUCAGCAGGCUGCAAUCCUACUCCACAUUGUGCUGAUUGGGGUGAUAAUGGUUUGAUAGUUUUCGGCGCACAUAAUUCAGUUGCUGUAUUGGAUCCAAAUUAUAACAACUCAGCAAGGCAAAUUGCUACCUACACCGGCCAUGAAGGUCGUGUCAACACCGUACACUGGUUGCGUUCUUCAACAUUUCAACCCGAAACCUACUUCAUUUCCGGCGCUGAUGAUAGUAAUGCAAUUGUGUGGAAGUUCGAUAAGCAGGCAAAAAAUGUUAAUUUUGAGCCACUCAAACAUGAUGGCCCAGUUACAGAUCUUAGUAGCCGCCAAUUGGAAAACAACAAGUGGUUAAUUGCUGCAGCUGCAGAGCAAACCGUUACCCUGUGGAUCUUUGAUACCAUAAAAAUAACACUUGCUCAAAAGAUAAUAAAUCAAAAUAGUUACACUCUUGGACUCUGCCUAUUCCAAUUACCUAAAAGCGACCAGUUGCUGUUAGCUUUUGGUAAUGAUAAGGGUAAUGUACUUAUUUGGGCACAAGAUAAAGCAUUCGAAUCGAAUAACACCGAUCUAGAUCCAUUUCGUAUGGUACACCAAAUGACGGGCCAUGAAGAUUGGAUACGUGCACUAGAUGCUGUUAAAGAUGGUGAUGAUAUUCUGCUGGCAAGUUCAGCGCAAGAUAAUUUUAUACGUUUAUGGCGCAUUUCAAAACGAUCUGCGGAGCAAGCACGUGAAAAUAGUGUGGAUAUUUGUAAUAUUAAUGAAGAGGAUUCAGAGGAAAUACGUGUGGAAGAAAAAAUUAUACACUUGUGUGCAAACAAUUGGUGUGCGAUUAGCUUGGAGUCGGUGUUAUAUGGACACGAAGGCUGGGUAUAUGGCGUCAACUGGCACAGAUCAAAAGAAAACGAUCUGCGUUUGCUAUCCGUUUCGAUCGAUAAAUCAAUUAUCAUCUGGGCACCGAGUGAAGACGGAGUGUGGAUGGAGCAAGUACGUGUAGGCGAAGUCGGUGGAAAUUCUUUAGGAUUUUACGGAGGAAAAUUCUCUAGCAACGGCAAAUCAAUAUUUGGCCAUAGUUAUCAGGGUGGUUUUCAUAUAUGGCACCAAUCACCGGAAAGUGAUAACCUGUGGACACCUGGUAUCAUAGUGGGUGGUCAUUUUGAUGAAGUACGCGACUUAGCAUGGGCGCCAAAUGGGGAAUAUUUAUUGACAGUUUCCGCCGAUCAGACUUCCCGUAUACAUGCGCCAUGGCGUCGUUCCAGUGAUGAAGAAGAUGCUGCAGUAACUUGGCAUGAAUUGGCACGGCCGCAAGUACACGGCUAUGAUAUGCAAACGCUUGCCAUACUUUCGCGCUACAAAUUUGCUAGUGGAGCGGAAGAAAAGAUUGUGCGCACUUUCCAAGCGUCAACGAAUUUCAUUGAGAAUUUUAGGCGCAUUACCGGUGCGCAAGCGGACGUAGAGGGCGAUGCUGUAUUAAAAAAUUUACCUAAAGGUGCUUCUGUACCUUCCUUGGGUCUGUCGAACAAGGCAGUGUACAGUGCUGACAUAGACACAGUACCACAGCAAAAGCACAUUAAGGAUGAAUAUCCCGAAAAUUAUUUUGUGCCUGUUACGCUGGACGCUCCACCACAAGAAGAGACGCUAAUGCAAAACACAUUGUGGCCCGAAAUGCAAAAACUUUACGGUCAUGGUUUUGAAAUUUACUCAUUGGCCGCUACUCCAGAUGGUAAAGUCUUGGCUUCCGCAUGUCGCGCUACAAACGAGGAACAUGCUCAAAUAAUCUUAUGGGAUACCACUACAUGGAAGCAAAUUCAAAAACUAGCCGGGCAUAAGCUAACCGUAACACAGUUGCGCUUCUCACCCGACAGUCGUCUGCUACUUUCAGUCUCACGCGAUCGCACUUGGACGCUUUUCGAACGUGUUGAGGAAUUAACAGUCGCUAACAAUCAACCGUUUUACCGAAUCAAGCAAAAAUCAGCCCCUAAGGUGUCCGUGCAUAGUCGUAUUAUUUGGGCAUGUGAUUGGUCACAUGAUAGCAAAUACUUUCUGACUGGCGGUCGGGAUGCUGUACUUGGAGUGUGGACACAAGGAGAUGCAGAAAAGGCAGAUUGGGGCUUGUGUCUUAAGGAAACGUACACAAAUCCUGUUACUGCACUUGGUUUUGCACCUGAACUUGUAACGACGGGGGUUUAUCAGAUUGCGAUAGGAUUUUCGAAUGGUGAUAUUUUACUGCAGCAGUUAGAAGAGGAAGGAAAGACUUUAAGAGCAGUUGUAGAGAGCAAGCUACUUUUUGAAAAGGCACAUGACUCUACAGUAAAACGCUUACAGUUUCAGCCGUUGCGUGAUAGUAACAACGAUAGUUCUGAUUACUUCCUGCUUGCGAGUUGUGGCGAGGAUCAUUUCGUUAGGAUAUUUAAAUGUCCAAAGGCAAUUGAAGCUACAGUUGUAGAUGCGUGAAUAAAAAAA